GGCAGUAAGUUGGGGUCAUCAAUGACAAGUCAGAUGAUUUUACUCACUCAUCCAGCCAGGAGUUGGAUCUUUAUGAUUUUAUUGGAACUCUGUUCCUAACCAAAGUAGUCUGCUUGUAAGACGUGCCUCAGCCAAUUACAAGUAUGGUGAAAAGGUGUCCUGGUCCGGUUGAAGUAAUAUUGUUCGCCCAACACCAGACCAAGAGCUGAGAGCCCGGCUCAUCAGUUAGAACUAUGUUCCUACCUAAAUAGUUGUCUUGUGGAGUAACGCCCAAGCGGAACACAAGAUAAUGAAAUAUGGAUCUUGGCACACUAGAGGUUUCACCGGAAAUCUCCAAAUCAAUAUCGAGGGUUAUUGAUUUGUUAAAAAUAGUGGGAGAUAAUUAAUUAAAGGCCUAAUUAAUUAUUAAAAAUGAUAGAUAACCUAGUUUGCAAAAUUUUCUGUAGAUGGCAAACAACAACAACCCUUUCAACCUGCGUUACAUCCUGGAAAACAACAAGUUAUUAUCCGGGACCAACUUUCUUGACUGGGAGAUGAACCUCUGGAUCGUUCUUGACUGUGAGAGCAAACUCUACAUCCUCGAAACGGAUCCUCCCAAGACCCCUGAUGCUGAUGCUUGUGUGUUCGAACUCACUUCCUACAAGAAGUAUGAGGACGAUGCGCGAGAUGUAAAGUGUAUCAUUAUGGCCAGUAUGACCGCGGAGCUCCAAAGGCUCCACGCGGACAUGGAAGUGCGUCCUAUGAUACAAUGCUUAAGAGACCUUUACCAGGGUCAGCCCCAAAACUCAGGAAUUUACGUUAUCGAAGUCAAUAUGUCUGAUAUCACCUCUUGGGUGAUGGAUACUGGAUGUGGUUCUCACAUCUGUACUUCUAUGCAGAACUUGCAUGAAUGUAGACAAUUGACGGAGGGAGAGAUACAACUAAAAGUCGGCAAUGGCGCACUCAUCUAUGCAUUGGCCGUCGGAACCUAUAGUUUAUCUCUACCUAGUGGUCUUAUAUUGCAUUUGAAUAAUUGCCUGUUUGUACCUAAACCACAAGAAGAAGUCCCGAUAGUGUUGGAACCUGAGCAAAGAGAUCAAGCAAUUGAACCUCAAAUUGCUCAAGAUAUACCACGUAGGUCAGACCGGAUACGUAAUCCUCCGGUCAGAUAUGGAUUUCUCAUGUCUGAUGAAGGUGACGUCUUGUUGGUAGAUCAAGGCGAACCAGAGACCUACCUCGAGGCAAUUACAUGCCCCGAAUCCAAUCUAUGGCUCGAAGCCAUGAAAUCUGAAAUGGAGUCUAUGUACACAAACCAAGUCUAGACAUUGGUUGAUGUGCCCGAAGGGGUAAAGCCCAU